UAUUAUUAUUUUUUAAAUGAAUCUAUUCUCCGUCCUGCAUAAAUAAUAUUCAUAAAUUUGAUGUUUCUUACACGUAUGCCCAAACCCUUGCCUUUACGACCACAAGGACCGCUCUUAACACAAUUCACAGACGUCGUAGUACUAGUAGUACUGCUCAGCCAUGGCCUCACCCAAAAUACUUGAGGUCUCCCAUGUCGCUCCUCUUACGGCCUCACCCCAAUCCACCACCCACUUCUCUCUCCCCUUAACCGCUUUCGAUACCUUUUGGUUCAAGUUUCCUCCCGUCCAACGUCUUUUCCUCUAUUCUCUCCCUGAAACUGAAGACACUUUCUUCGAUUCUGUUCUCCCAAAGCUCAAACACUCCCUCUCUCUCACACUCCAAUACUUUCUACCUCUAGCCGGAAAACUAGCUUGGCCUCAAGAUUCCCCCAAACCAGUCGUUCUUUACACUCCAGGCGACGUCGUUUCCGUCUCCGUCGCCGAGUCCGAUGCUGACUUUGACCUCCUUGCUGGAAAUCAUGCUUUCUCAGCCUCGGCGGUUCGUCCUCUGGUUUCUCCGUUGCAUCUUUCUGAAACAGGGGCUUCUGUAAUAGCUCUUCAAAUCACUGUAUUUCCCAAUCGUGGAUUUUCUAUUGGCCUAACUACCCAUCACGCUGUUCUAGAUGGAAAAUCCACGACCAUGUUUAUGAAGUCGUGGGCUUACUUAUCUAGAGAGAAUCCACCAUUAUUGCCAGAGCUCACACCCUUUUAUGACCGGACUAUCGUAAAAGACCCAUGUGGGUUUGACAUGAAGUUUUUGAAUAGAUGGAUGGGAAAUCCUGGCUCAACGUCGUCUGAUUGUAGAAACAGCCCAAAACUGUUCGAAUUCUUUCAAAGCCCGGAUGAACCCUCCGACUUAUAUAGAGCAACUUUCGAACUAACCCGCUCCGAUUUAGAUAAACUGCGGCGAAGUGUGUCGUCCAAUUGGGAUAGUUUAUCUCAUAUAUCUCCAAAACCGAAGCUCCACUUAUCUUCUUUCGUUCUUACGUACGCUUACAUGUUCGAUUGCUUUCUCAAAGCAACAGAAGGAGAUAAGAGUAAAAGUAAAGUCAUUUUAGGGUUCGCCGCUGAUUACCGGAAUCGUUUGACACCUCCAGUGCCAGAAAAUUACUUCGGCAAUUGCGUGGGAGUCAAGGUGAAUUACGACGACAUGAGGGAGCACUUGCUUGGUAGGGAAGAAGAUUCGUUGACUGCUCUUGUGGUGAAGGCCGGUGCUUUAGUCAAAGAGUUGGGCGAAGAAAUAGAUUUCUAUAAGGAGGCAGAGGAAUUGUUAUCGAGAUUGAGUUCAUUGGUGUCUGACAAUUCUUGCUACUUUGGGGUAGCUGGGUCGCCGAGGUUCGGCGUUUACAGUAUAGAUUUUGGAUGGGGCCGACCAAAGAAGGUGGCUGUCUUAUCUAUAGAGAAUGGAUCCAUUUCAAUGGCGGAGUCUGGAGAUGGAAAUGGUGGCGUUGAGGCUGGUUUGGUUUUGAAGAAGCAUCAAAUGGAUCGCUUUGCUUCCGUGUUUGUCAAUGGUCUCAGUGAUAUUCUUUGAUGUUGUAUAUUUUCGGUUAUUUUUAUUAUAUUUUAUGAGUCAUCCAGAUGUGAUGUGAUUCAUUUUUUUUAUGCUUAUUUAGUAAACAAUAAUUUUAUUUUAUAAAGUAAAAAGAAAAAUGUACACUUGUACAGCACGCACACAUAUAUUUACUGGAAUAAGUUGGGGAAUAUAUAUUUUGGUUACUUGUA